CACACUUUUCUCACCCUCUUUGUAUCUCUCACCUCGACCACUCUCCCUUGUAACGAUGUCUUUCUUCAACAAGAACAACAUCUUUGGAGGCAAUUCCCCUCAGCCUCCUCCCCGUGACCAGUACGGCCAACCGCCCCCUCCGAUGCGAGGUGGUCGCCCCGGAUAUGGCAGUCCUAGUCCUUACGAUACCCCUAUGAAUGGCGGCUACGAUGCUCCUCCUCCGCCUCCUAGGCAGUCCGGCGGGUUCCGCCUCUCCCCGCGACCUCAUCAGAGAAAGUCAAGUAAAGGCGGUCCAAAAGGAGGCCAUGUAAUGACACUACAACCUGCGAAGAGCCCAGACAACUCCUACACAUUCCGAAACCUCGUGGCGGUUUCUACGCAAGACCUGCCCCCUUCUCCCGAUGGCACAGACAUCUUCCUCCUCAUUAAUGGCGCGUUCGUCGUCUCGGCGCGGCCACUCGAUGCUUUUCCACGUGGUCUCAUCGGCUUGUCAGAACCCCAGCGGUCAUGGAUGGGCGUGGCUUUGACAGACCAGCUGCAAGCCGAAGUGUACGAUCCCUUCAGCCAAGGUGGGCAGGCAUAUAUUGGUUCGAUGGAUGUCGAGAUUGGCUUCGCGAGCACAAGGAAGACCACAGAAGCACCUUAUGACCAGGACGACCUCGCGAAGGAAAUUACAAAGUUGUUCAACAGUCAGAUGUUCGCGCCUAGCCAGCGAUUCCUGAUGGAUCUGAGGAGCAUACCCUUGAACCUACAGGUCAAGACCGUUCAGUUGGCAGAUUUUAGUGAGAAGGCCGCGCCGACCACAUCCGACCCUCAAGCCAGAGGUAUCCUCACACCGCAGACACAGAUCAAUUUCUUCAAGGACGGCAAAACAUCUAUUAACCUCAAGGCAUCCUCGCGGAGGCCAGCGGCGAACUCGAUUAUUGCCCCGGACUUCAAGUUUGAAGAUAUGGGAAUUGGCGGACUAGACAAAGAAUUUGCCACAAUAUUUAGAAGAGCAUUUGCGUCUCGUGUCUUCCCUCCUGGUUUGGUCGAGAAGCUGGGCAUCCAGCAUGUUAAGGGUAUACUUCUAUACGGCCCGCCUGGAACGGGAAAGACAUUGAUCGCCAGACAAAUUGGCAAAAUGCUGAACGCCAGAGAACCUAAAGUCAUUAACGGUCCCGAAGUAUUGAACAAAUACGUGGGUCAGUCAGAAGAGAACAUUCGGAAGCUGUUCGCAGAUGCAGAAAAGGAGUACAAGGAGAAAGGUGAUGAGUCUGGUCUGCACAUUAUCAUCUUCGAUGAACUGGAUGCCGUCUGCAAACAGAGAGGAAGUGGUGCCGGUGGUGGUACCGGAGUGGGAGACAGUGUGGUCAAUCAGCUGCUCUCGAAGCUGGACGGCGUGGACCAACUCAACAACAUCUUGUUGAUUGGUAUGACCAACAGAAAAGACAUGAUUGAUGAUGCACUGCUACGACCCGGUCGUCUGGAAGUGCAUUUGGAGAUUGCCUUACCUGAUGAAAGUGGCAGAGCGCAGAUCCUCAAGAUUCACACGCACAGAAUGCAGGAGAACCAGGUAUUGGAGCGUGAUGUGGACAUACUGGAGUUGGCUCACCGAACGAAGAACUUCUCUGGCGCCGAGUUGAACGGUCUGGUCAAGGCAGCCACAUCCUUUGCCUUCAACCGACAUAUCAAAGUUGGGACCAUGGCAGGCAUUAGUGACGAUGUGGCAGAUAUGAAAGUGAACCGGGAGGACUUUGAGCACGCAUUGGAGGAAGUCAAGCCGGCAUUUGGUGUGUCAGAGGAAGAACUGGCAUACUGCCUAAGAGGUGGUGUCAUACACUUCUCGCCGUAUGUCAAGGACGUCCUAGAGGAAGGCAAGCUGUUUGUCGAGCAGGUCCGACAACCACAGUCGACGCCACUGUUUUCGGUCUGCUUGCACGGCCCUCCAGGAAGUGGAAAGACCGCCUUGGCCGCCAAAGUUGCUAUCGAUUCUGGCUAUCCCUUCAUCAAGCUGAUCAGCACAAAAGACACGCUAGAGAUGAACGAACCACAGAAGAUCUCGUACCUGAGCAAAGUAUUUAUGGAUGCCUACAAGAGUCCGAUGAGCUGUGUGGUCAUCGACGACAUUGAGGAAUACCUGGAAUGGACGCCUAUCGGACCACGCUUCAGCAAUGCCAUCUUGAAAUCACUGGUGGCCUUAUUACGCAAGGCACCUCCUCCAGGUCGAAGUUUGUUGAUCAUUGUCACGGCCACGGAGCGCAGUGUGCUUCAACAGCUCGAUUUCUGGAGGCAUUUCAACUCCGAUAUUCCUAUUGCAAAUGUACGCACGUACGAGGAGCUACGGCACGUGAUGAAGGAUACCAAGGUGUUCAGUAAUGAUGAUAUGGCCAAAGCCAUCGCCGAGAUCAAGGAUAUUACGAGGUCCGAGGAAGUCGGCGUGGGAAUCAAGCAUGUGCUUCAGGCCAUUGAGACGGCGAAACAUGAUGUGGAUCUCGUGACACGUUUUGCUGGGACGUUGUCCAGGGCGAUUGCUGAGAGAGGGAGUGGGUUGAGAUAGAACCUUACCUUUAGGGGGAGUGGUAUGUUAGAUAUGAAGUUACGAAUAGACCGGGGAGUUGGAUGAAGUGAGCAUUCUGCCUGUACCAAUACGAAUAGUACUAGUAAGAGCAAGAUGAACGACUUACAGUACUACAGUACGGACCGGAUGGCCC